AUGGCUAAAGUUGCACGCAUCUUUAACCGAUACCAGAGUCUUUUACCUAUACUGUUUAGAGAGACUAGGCCGUCACCACCUCUCUUAAACCGAUGCUACUCCUACCAGCAGUUCCAGCCCCAGAUGGCUAAUAUUGUCGGGAACACUCAGGAUUUCUUCAGAUACACAAGUGGACGAUGGGUCUGGGAUGAAAGGCAGCAGCUUGAAGAGAGGUACCGCGAAUUCAAUGUACUCGAGUUACAGAAAAUUGCUUCAGAGUUAUCUUCCUCCGGAUCCUGUGUCAGGAUGGAAAAGCUGGGAGAAGGGUCCUACAACAAAUCUUUCAAGCUCACCAUGGACGAUGGGAGGGCCGUUGUUGCUCGAAUUCCAAAUCCGAAUGCUGGGCCGGCUUCUUUGACGACGGCAUCAGAGGUUGCUACAAUGGACUUUUUAAGAAAUGUACUCCACGUUCCAGUCCCUGAAGUCCUUGCAUGGAAUUCCGCGGUUGAUCCUACAAACUAUGUCGAGGCUGAGUACAUUAUCAUGGAACAUGCCACAGGAAGAAAUCUCGCCGACGUUUGGACUGAAAUGGGCCUGGAGCAAAAGGUCCAGACAAUGGAGGAUAUUGUGGCCAUUCAACGCAAGCUGUUAUCAUUGAAAUUUUCCGGGUAUGGGUGUCUUUUCUAUAAGAAAGAUGCUCCCCCCGGAUCUCAACCUGCACUAGUCACCGGAGACAAAUUGUUGCAGGACCAAAAAAAUAACAUUGCCGGGCAAUUUUCAGUUGGGCCGAUGGUAGACACUGCAUUCUGGGAUAAAGGGCGAGGUGGUUUAAAUGUUGAUCGUGGACCUUGGACUUCUGCAUUAGGAUAUAUACAAGCUUUGGCAAACCGAGAGAUAACUUGGAUUCGGAAGAACGCAACUUCCCGUUCGCCAGAUGACCCAUUAUUUGUUUCGCACAGCCAGAACAACCCUGCUGAACAUAUUUCUCUUCUCCAGAAAUAUCUGUCUGUUGCACCUCAUCUAAUUCCAUCGGAUGAGGAUAUUUUGGGAUCAUUUUUAUGGCAUCCAGACCUUCGCACUCCUAAUAUUUUUGUCGACGACAACGGCCGUAUAACUAGCAUCAUAGACUGGCAAAGCACAUUCGCCGGUCCCUUAUUUCUAGAGGGCCGCCAUCCACAUUUUCUUGAUUAUAACGGCGACUUGGUCCUUGAGCUGCCUAAAAACUUUAAGCAGUUAGAUAAAGAUUCCCAAACUGCCGUGAAGGACAAAGUCACCAAGUCGAUCCUGUUAUAUCUCUAUGAAAACUACACAGCAGAAAAGAACCCAAUUUUAAGCAGGGUGCUCCAAUAUCCAAACGGCAAGACGUUGACAGACCCUGUCCGAUUUGUAGGGAAUACGUGGGAUGGAGACAUCUUACUCUUACGAGAGUCUUUGAUAAGAAUACAAAAGAAGUGGGAUUUAUUGGGUCGCCCGGAUAAGUGCCCUAUCAACUUCUCUCCAGAAGAAAUUAGUAAACAUUAUGAGGAUGGGGAAGGCUGGAAUGAAGUACAGGACUUCUGGGACGCCUUAUCAGGGAUCAUGGGCCGGGAUGGCUGGACCUCCCAUGAAACAUACGACCAAGCUCUUUCCAUUUAUUCUCAGAUCCAGGCUACAGCCGACCCUCCCCCCUCAAGUAACGAUGGAGGAGCAAGUUGA